AUGAACAGGGAUCCUGUACCUUCGUCCUUUGAGGAUAAUCCUCAAUUUACAGAAGAGACUGGCACUCAAAAAUUCACACGACGCCUCAGAGAAGAGCCACUCGUUCCACUUGGAUGCGCCGCAACAUGUUAUGCCCUCUACCGCGCCUACCGGUCGAUGAAAUCCGGCGACUCGGUUGAAAUGAACCGAAUGUUCCGAGCGCGUAUCUACGCACAAGCCUUCACACUAGUCGCCCUAGUCGCCGGUGGAAUGUACUUCAAGACAGAGCGACAGCAGCGCCGAGAAUUCGAUCAGGCUGUGGAACUUCGGAAGAAGCAAGAAAAGCGCGACGCGUGGUUGCGCGAGCUGGAGAUUCGUGAUAAGGAGGAUCGCGAGUGGAGGGAGCGCCACGCUUCCAUUGAGGCUGCGGCUAAGGAGGCCGGGAACAAGCCAGUGCAACCAGCGCCGCGCAAGGAGUCUGAAGAGGCGCGGUCUUCGAUUGAGCCCGCCGACGAGAAGUCUAUUGGAGUUAUGGAUGCCGUGAGAGCUCUUCUUUCACGGAACUGA